CUCAGAAUCGACGUAAACACGGUAUCGCUCGCUGAUCUCGGCACUCCGAGAACGCACACACGUUAUAUACAUAUAUAUACAUAUAUAUUUUCUUACAACGCAUAUCCAACGCGUUUUUCGAGUUAUCAUCGUCAUUAUUAUUAUUAUCAUCGUUCCGAAUUGGAACAUUUCGAACGCGUUCCUUGCAUUGGAACACGGGCUUUGUUUGUGACAAGUGGAAAGUGAGGAGAAACAAUCUGAUAAGUAAAAAAAAAAAACGAUGGCACCGCACACCAGCUACACGCCUGUCGGUGGUAUGGAGUACGAGGAGCCCGUGUCGAGGACUUAUCAAUACAGGAAGGUGAUGAAACCGAUGCUGGAGAGGAAGAGGCGGGCAAGGAUCAACCGUUGCUUGGACGAGUUGAAGGAUCUGAUGGUGACCGCGCUUCAGGCCGAGGGGGAGAAUGUUGCCAAGUUGGAGAAGGCUGACAUUCUCGAGCUCACUGUCCGCCACCUUCACACGCUCAGGGCUGCGAGAAGGCUCACCCUCACGCCUGAGAACAGCUACGCGGACAGAUUCAGGGAGGGGUUCACCCAGUGCGCGCAAGAGGUGUCCUCGUUCCUGUCCACCCCUGUCGCGGCCGCCGUACACCCUGCUGCCGGUGCGCAAUUGAUGAGACACCUCGGUGGCUGCCUUCGAAGACUCGAGGGGACCUCCUCGGCCGCCAACCUUGGAACCACCACUUCCAACAACAACACCACCACCACCAUCGCCGCCUCCACCACCGUAGCAUCAUCCACCAGCGUGAGCAAGACGACACCAGCCGUCAGUCCGACCGCCAACGUGAUGAUCAACGUGCUGCAGAACGUUUACACGCCUCCCCAAAGUCCUGUCAGUGUGGCGAGUUCGUCCGGGGAGUCUGUGGAGUCGUCGAACGCCGUUUGGAGGCCUUGGUGAUUCGACGAAGGAUGAAGUUUCGAUAAUUUUCUGAACUUUGACAAGCUAAUUCAACUUCCGUUCCCAUCCCCCCUCCGGUGAAGAAGAAGCUUCGCUUCGUGUGUGGCAGGAGCGAAUGGGAGGGGGGGAGAAAACGACGAAUCAUUUGUCUUCCAUACGUUAAAAAUUGAUUAUUGAGCCUCGUUCUCGUUCGAGGUGUUCGAUCGAUAAUUGUAGAUUGAUAUAAUCGUUUUUUUUGUUAAGCAAUUAAUCGUAAUUGGGACCACUGUUUCUCGAGAUGCUAUCUUUCUCUCUCUCUUUUUCUGUUUGUUUCCUUCUCUCAUCUCACUGUAAAUAGGUGAUGAAGCUUUAAGUGAUACGUCUGUGAUAGGGCUCGAUUUUUGUACCUGAGAUAAACUAUAUUCUCGUAAAGUAGAAGGAUGAUGAUGAUGAUUAUUAUUAUUAUUAUUAUUUUAUUAUUAUUAUUAAUAUUAUUAUUAUUAUUAUAGAUUAUAAUUUGUUAUGUUUAAGAGGCAAUUUUUUUUUUUAGACAUAAUGAAAUAUACGGUGUUUUUGUUCAAAAAUUAUGAUUACACGUCAUGCAGAAAUUAAUAAACAUACAUUGUUUCAAU